AUGAUCCGAAUUUUGGCGUUGGCGACAGCCGCCCUCAUCGGUCUAACCACUGGACUCCCCGUCAAUGAAGACGUUCCAAUCAUUCAGAAACGAGACUUUUGUCUACUCGAGACUCUCGUUGUGGGACUUCUCAAGCUCGACUCGAAAGCAGAUGCUUUCUGUACAAGUGCUUUGGGAAUUCAGACUUCUACCAAGACUAUCUCUACCACUUCUACCCCUGCAGUGACCACCACAACCGCCACAGCAUACACUACAGGUACCGAGACCGUCACCGCAACCGAGACCAUUGUAAUCACUGUCAGUGACUUCUUCACUGCCACCGAGGUGGACUUCACCACCACCCCCGUUACUGAGAUCAUUGACAUGACUGAGACUGUGUCGACUGUCAUCACCAUUGACGUUACUGAUACUGCUACUAUCACCGAUGUCUUUACUGCUACUGUGACGGAUGUCGUGCCUAGUACAGUCGUCUCGUUGGUCGCUUCCACGACAACUGAUAUCAUCUAUGAUCGACGUCGCUCGGAGCAGAAGCGUGGAUUCGUUGCUACGCCAUCCUGUCUUCAAAAGCAAAACCAGGCCUUCAUCACCAAUGCUUGUAACUGCUUGCAUCUGACUACUCCUACGGUCACUAUCACUACUACUAUUGCGGCAGCCACCCCUACUGUUACUGUUACCACAACACUUCCUGUCACCACCACUCAGACUGCCAGUGUUUCGGUCACAACUUCUGUUACAACCGAUAUCACCGACACAGAUACGAUUACCUCGACGAUUCCUUCAACCGUGCUGGCCACUGUGUACUUCACCACUGUGGAUUCAAGCACUACUACCGACUACGCAACGGUGGAUGUCACCCUUGACCAGACCUUCACUGAAGCUGUCACCUCGACCAGUGCAGUCGUGGUGGUCAGCACCACUCAAGCAGUAGUCACCGCCACCCAGCACUGCACCACGCUCGCAAUCCAGAAAUUCAGCUUGGCCGACACCGACCAGACCACGGUCGCACAAGCAAACUUAUAUUCAGGCAGCAACAUUGUCGUCAACACCAAUUCCCUCUUUGGUCCCUUCACCAAUCCCUUCCCAUCAACGGACUCCUGGUAUGGCCAGACUCCCAGCUUGUCUUUGCUUUACACCUGUGACAGCGAAUGGCGCAUUUUCAUCCGCUAUAAGAAUUCCGGGAGCUAUACUGUCGUCCCCGGUGCCCAAAGCUUGUCCCCCAGUACCUGGAGUGUCGGUGCUAUCGCCCCGGUCGGCGGCGCCACCAUCCAUAUCUAUGCUGUUGUCUGGGGUAUUGGUUUGAUUACCGAUACCACUGUCAUUCAUAGCUUGUAUAAUUGCCAGGGUAGUGGGGAUACAUUCCAGUGGAGUAAUGCAUUUAUGGGUACAGAUACUUGGGUUGGGUAUAAGAAGACUGGUGCUAUUUACUACACUGAUGCUAGUGGCACGAUGAAGGUUCUCUAUGGUAGAGAGAGCACCAAUGGCAUAUUCCCUUGA